ACUGAUCGGGCGGCAGUGCCGGUAACAAGCAGUUCUGUUUCGUCAGAACUGGGAUGUUGAGCAGUAUCCAGCGGCCCCAAUUAUGGUACGCGAUGUGAGCCGAGGCUUGCGGUUUAGAGAGAAAUGGAAUCUACGCAGCACAGCUGGAAGUUUUUGUGGAGCUAACAUCUGGACUCCUAAGUGACCCGGCGACCGUGAUCUAUACUCCAGAUAGCGCUGCUAUUUAGACUAGGAACCGAUCCUUUCGCCAUAAUUUGAAUUACUGAAUAACCUAGAAGCAGCGGUCUGGACUGCUGAGUAACCGGGCUGCCGGGAGGACUCAGUGACCCUGUGGAUAUUAUCUGCACUACGCAGAGAGGAGGUGUGUGCUUGUUGGAACUCGGACUGAGCCGGCGCCAGCGACUGUGACGGGACGGCUGUGUUUUGUGAACCGGCGCUUUGUGUCGACACUGAGUGGCUGCGAGCAGUCCCCCAGCCAUGGCUCUCUCACAGGUUCAGUGUCUGGACGAUAACCACGUGAAUGUGCGCUUCACGGAGGGCAAGCCCGAGUUCUUCUACAGUGAGGAGCAGCGACUGGCACUGGAGGUGCUGCUACAGAACGGUCCACAGGCCUUUCGGGACGAGGUGCAAAAACUUAAAAUUCGGGACUUCCUUUCGGAGCCCGAGCUUCAGCGGAUCGCCGAGCUUGUGGAAAAGUACCGCCCAGGAGGGGAGGAGCGCGAUUCGGAAGAGGGGGAUCAGGACUCUUUGGAAUAUUGGCCGGACAAAUCUGACGUGUCCAUACCUGAGCUGGACUUAGGAUGGCCGGACAUCUCAUCGUACCGCGGCGUGACCCGAGCCAACGUGUACACGCAGCCACCUAUGGAGGGGCAGGCGCACAUCAAAGAGGUGGUGCGGAAGAUGAUCGGGCAAGCGCAGAAGGUGAUCGCUGUGGUCAUGGAUCUCUUUACCGAUGUGGAUAUUUUUAAGGAUCUCCUGGAUGCCGGAUUUAAGAGGAAAGUUCCUGUCUACAUUAUAACUGAAGAAACCAGUGUGCCACAUUUCCUUCAAAUGUGUGAGAGAGCUGGGAUGCACACCGGACACAUGAAGAACCUGCGGGUGCGUGCCACACGUGGAUGCGAGUUCCACACCCGUGCAUCCCUCAGAGUCCGGGGUCUGCUAAGCCAGAAGUUCAUGUUUGUGGACGGAGACCGGGCGGUGUCCGGCUCAUACAGCUUUACGUGGACUGCAGCCAGAAUGGACAGGAACUUGAUCACAGUGCUCACUGGCCAGGCAGUGGACAUAUUUGACAAACAGUUUCGGGACCUCUACCUAACUUCCAAGAGUGUGAACCUGCAGCAGAUCAGUCUGGAGAAGGAGCCAGAGCCAGAGAUGGCUCCACAGGUGCCCGUGCCAGCACUGCCUUCUGCUGAAGUUGUGCGCAAAAUGAUCAACCCCAAAUAUGCUUUGGUAAGGACCAGUAACAUGGAGACUGGUUCUGGUGGGGCAUCAUCUGAAAAGACCAGUGAGCCCAUCAAAGACAACAGCACAAAGGGCAAUAAGGCCAAAGUCAAGGCCCCAGAGCCCAAAGAGGAACCGGCCAUCAUUCACCCUGGCCUUCUGGACUUGGAGCGUGCCAACAUGAUCAACUACCUGCCGACUUGGCCGGACCCUGAACCCCCAAGUGAUGUCAUUGGAUUCAUCAACAUCAGGGAUGUCAACAAACCCAUCCAGGCACACCUCAUGAGGUCUCAACUCUUUGAGACAUCCCAGGCCAUUCGCUUUAAAAAGCCCAUCAAAGUCCAAGAAAAAAGUGAGUCUCAGGAUUCCAACCCCAUAGGGGAGAUGGCCAGCCACAGCACCAAGGAGGAGGAAGAGCGCCAAAAGAAAGUCUCACAGGUGGCAGAACACAAGCCAAACCUGUCCGCGCCCCCCGUUCCAAAACCCCGGACAGUCCAGUUAAUAUUUAGCGAUCAAAAAACAGACUCUCCAGAGGUUAUGAAAUUAGGUGUUGAGUCAGAAAAGAAUCACUCAUCUGAGGGUACACAGUUCCAAAAGACCCCAAUAGGCUAUAACCGCACAUGCGGUCCUGGUGAAGAGCUGAGAAUACAGGCACACGACGGAGGCCGCGGAUUCAGCCCGCAUGGAGUUUCCAGCAUCUCAUCAACAUCAGAGGAGUACUUUGAGUGUGAGGACCUGGAAAGUGCUAAGCAGGGAAAUCUGCCCAAUGGCCUUCCUGAUGCUGAUGCCAGGUUGAAGCAGAGCAGUGCAGGACCAGAACAAAGGGAAAUGCGGCUGGAGCAGAGAGAGCUUCAUCGAGACCAGAGGAAGACAAAGCACUUGCACAAUUUGAUCACCAGCUAUCCAUUUAACACCGCCCAGCCUGAAUGGGAGCAGCAAAAGCUGUCGAGAGGACCAGUAAAAGUGGUCAUUGCCAAACCAGGAAGUUACCACAGACCUAGUAAGGCUAUGGCACCUGUAAUCGGAGGCCACAGGUACUGGCACAGCAAAGGCUUUGCCUGUGGGAAGCCAGGUUUUGGCCCACCAAUGUCACCAAACAGAUCAAUCAGUGGACACAACCUGGCUGACGGGCUCCUCCAGAAAACUGACAGUUCGAGGACGCCUUUUGGCAUCUCCUACAACAAACUGUCCCAGGUCAAACUGCUUAAAGGUAAGGUGCCCAGUCAUGGUGGCACCAUGCAGCGGAAGACACGACUGGAGUCACCAAGGAGCAAGGACGUGGUCUAGUAGGAUGAGUAUUGGACAUUUAGACCCUGGACUGACCAGGUCCUUUUUUAUUUUAUUUUUAUAAAUGCCCAAUUCUCAUCCCUCCCUUAAUUCUUACCUGGUCGGUACACCAAUACCAAGUGGCUAGGAUGGUCAGUCCAAAGGUCAUGCCAGUCCAAGGAAGGUCGCCAGUCACAGGGUCUCGGAAAAGGUGCAUGGCAUCUGCUCGUGGGAGGUGACAUGUUGUGUUGGGGAUGAUCUUGGAUGGGAUUGCUCUCAGGUAGUGGUCCUCAAGGUUCUGGUAGCCCCCAAUCUUGCUGAAGGCUGUUGAGGCACCACAGUAUAUGGGCACCAUAACAAAAGAAAAAAAUUAGUUGGACCUGUUUGAAACAGUGCCAGCCUACACUCAUAAGGCCACUAUUGGCUUUCAGGUUGGCUUCCUUUCUCAGCAGUCACAAUCUAACACCAUUAAAAAAAAAAAAAAGAGGAGGAACAUGACCUGCCUUACCCGUAAUGGUGAGAACAAUGGCCCCAAUAAUCAUGAUAAAUGUCUGCAGAGUGUCCGUGUAAAUGACAGCGGCCAGGCCUCCUGUGCACAGAUAGAAAAGCAUUAGGCCACUGGGGACAUUCCCAGACAAAAGGAUAUUGUUGCUUAGCAGAUACCUGCUAUGGUGUAGAGAGCGGUCACCACCAGCAUAAGAACAGUGGACACAUAGAGAUUCCACCCCAGGCAGACUUGCACAAACAAGGCCCCAGAAUAGAGAUCAGUCUGAAAGAGAACAGGGAGCCAUUACACAUUAAUACUGCUGACCAUUCCAAAAGGCACUCUUCAAGUAGGUGGUCAGUCCCAACCAGAAUGGUAAACUUUUAAUUGUGAAUAUUAUUGACCAUUUCAAAGGUCAUUCAGAUUUUUCCACUCCUCAAGUAGGUGAUCAGACUGGGAGGGAAUAAGUAACCUCGUAAUUGUGAAUAUCGUUGACCAUUUCAAAUGUCAAUUCGAUUUGCUCUCUUUUGAAGCAGAAGGUGAGUCAGAGAGGGAAUGCGGCCUUUAAUUGUGAAUACUGCUGACAAGCACAAAGGUGACAUGCCCUCAUUGACCUCUUCCACACUCUAGAUGGAGGUCAGUCUGGAUGAGCCAGGUAGAUGGCAGAUAGCGCUUCAUACGUGAAUAUGGCUGCCCUGGUCAUACACAGGUGGGUCCCCAGCAAGUAAAGGUUUGGAGUGGGGAGGCUUUAUAUGUGAACGCCGGUGACCAGAUCAAAGGUCACAUGCUGGUGGGCCCCCUGAGUGGAGAGGGUCCGCCAACUGGUGGGAGGAGCAGAGAACAUAAUGUGAAUAUUGCCAACCUGGGCCUGCUCACACAUGGUCUGAGUCGGUCUAGACGGGUGAAGGAUAUCUGAAGCUAAUUCCCACAAUUAGACAGCCAGGCCUCAUGUUAAUUGAACCCUCUUCUCCAUUAUGUAGCCCACUAGUGUGCCCUCAAUGCCAAAGCUGUGUGCCAUCCUGCUUCAGCACACAUUCUUGUGGCCUGCUAGACUCCCUUGGUGACCUACUGGUCCUUUAUCUAUGUCCCUUCAGAGACUAUAUUGUGACCCACAGAGGGUGAUAAGCAAGAUUUGGGAACAAUCUCUUAAUUUGAAACUUAGUGACAGAGUAAGAUGGCAGUACCUACUCUGCCACCACCUCCAAUGCAUGCAGCUAUGAAGUUGCUUGUUUGCCUACAAGAAAUGUUUCUAUAAAAAAUAAUAAAAAGA